AACACUUCAUUAUAUUUUGUUAUAUAUUAUUUAGUAUUUAAAUUUGAGUGAACAAAAUCUCCAAUUUUAUACUUACCGGCGAAAAUUGUAUGAGAUGGAUAAAUAUGAGAAUAUUGAGAUAGUAGGUGAGGGUAGUUAUGGACUCGUAAUGAAAUGCAAGCAUCGUGAAACCGGGCAAAUAGUAGCGAUAAAAAAGAUCUUGGAGACGGAAGAGGAUGUGCAGGUGCGAAAAAUGGCAAUUCGCGAAAUAAUGAUGUUAAAGAAAUUACGUCAUGAGAAUCUUGUGAGCAUGAUCGAGGUCUUCCGUCGAAGGAAACGACUUUAUCUCGUCUUCGAAUAUCUUGAUCAUACCGUGCUCGAUGAGUUGGAGGAUGCUGGGGGUGGUCUUGACUGGGAAAGAUCGAGACAACAUAUUUUUCAAAUACUGCGCGGUUUGGACUUUUGUCACAAUCAUAAAAUCAUGCAUCGCGACGUAAAGCCCGAGAACGUGCUGGUGUCACCGAACGGCGUCAUCAAACUCUGCGACUUCGGCUUUGCGCGCUACAUCACCGGACCUAAUGAAUCUUGCACCGAUUAUGUGGCGACGAGGUGGUACCGUGCUCCGGAACUCCUCCUCGGUGAUACCAGAUACGGUAGAGAAAUCGACGUCUGGGCGGCCGGCUGUAUUUACGCUGAGAUGAUCACCGGCCAACCUAUCUUUCCCGGCGAUAGCGAGGUCGAUCAGCUGUACCGCAUCACGAAGGUCUUUGGUCCUCUUUACGGGAAACAACCAACGAGCGGUCGUAUAUCAUUCCUACUUCGGCGUGCAAAACCCGAUGAGGUGCAGGGCUUACCAAGAUCCGCGACAGUGGCUCUCCGAGAUCUCUUUCCCACAUGGAGUCCGGUAUCGAUCGAUUUCUUGGCACAGUGUCUGCGUACGAAUCCUGAUACCAGGCCAAAGUGCUUCGCGUUGCUGCAGCAUUCGUUUUUCUCGCAGGAUGGUUUCGCCGACAAAUUCCUUGACGAGCUGCAGCGACUCGUCGCGAAAGAAUCCGCAAUGAAUCCGCUCGCGGCUGAGAAAACGGAAAGAUCUUCCAGAAUUUGUCGCAGCAGCACCGGAAAAUGGCAGAUGACGCUACUCGAGGAAAGGAGAGCAACAAAUAGUAUCAAGAAACUGGAAGCUGCAAAGAACAACAAUUCGCGAGAAGAUCGAGUUGAUCGACCGCUGCAAAUAAAUCGGUCGCGUGAAUUGCGUCACUUCGGACCCGUCUCGGUAAUACCAAACACUACGUAUAUUCGUCGGUUGGAGCACAAAGGGCUUCUGAUCCCUGAAUCGAAAGGCUGUAUCUUACCGACUCUGACAUCGAAAACGAAUGCAAAGAGAAAAAAACUCGAUCUCCCUGGCGUGAAAAAUCGUUGAGAGGCUACUAAAAUUUUUUUUUUCUUGUUUAACAUUGACAUAUUAAGAAAAGAGUAUGAGAAAUCUGUACAGAGAAACUUUAUGGA